AAAUCAAAUCGAUCGAUUUCACGUGAGUAGCAUCCGGUUCGAUGGAUUCAUGUCGAUUUCCGUUCCCAACGGACCGAGCAUAAGCUUCUCAUCACCGUGCGGUCGUGGAGGCCCGGUUCCAUUCGUACUUUCCGGCGCGCGACGUCUCAGACGAGGAAUCGCCGAACCGGGCAUGAGCACCCGCCGCCGUCCGCCUCCAACACCGAGUCGGCGCCGCCGGACUCAUGAAUGGCCGGAAGCCACCUUCUCCGGCCAUCGCUAGCCCAGUGCCGGUCACUUCUUCAGCGCUUCAAAGCGACUCGGUCCCUGACGAGCACCAAGCUGCUCCAUGCCCGGAUCGUCGUCUCGGGGCUACUCCCCACCUCGGCCUCCACCGCGCAGGUCCUCUCUGAUCUCGCCCUCACCUACGCGUUGUGCGGGCACGACCCCCACGCCGCCGCACUGUUCGACGAAUUGCCUGAGAGAAGCCCGCCUCUGUGCAAUGCCCUCAUCAGGAUGUACAACCUCUGCGGCCGACAUCGCGAGGCACUCCGCGUGUUCGCUGGGAUGCUUGCCUCGGGUCGGUGCCCGCCGGAUAAUUUCACGUACACGUUCGUCUGCAAGGCCUGCGGCGACCUGUCGCGGCUUGACAUCGGGUUUGCUGUCCAUGGGAAGGUGUUUGCUGCCGGGUUCAAUUCGGACACCUUCGUGCAGAACGCUUUGCUUGCGUUGUACAUGAAUUGCGGGGAAAUGGCGGCUGCAAGAAAGGUUUUUGACGAGAUGCGGGAGCGGACGGUGGUCUCAUGGAAUACUGUGAUUAGUGGGUACUCCAAAAAUUCAUAUUCGGGGGAGGCGGUGAUGCUUUUCAAGUCGAUGGUGAAUGCUGGUGUGGAGCCUGAUAGUGCCACAGCAGUUUCAGUGUUACCAGCUUGUGGCAAUAUGAAGGAGUUAGACAUGGGUAAGUGUGUUCAUAAUAUUGUUGAAGAGAAAGGUUUAGGGAACAAGAAUAUAGCUGUGAGUAACGCAUUGCUAGAUAUGUAUGCAAAGUGUGGUAGAAUGGAUGAAGCUCAGGCAGUUAUCCGUGAAAUGGAUAAGAGGGAUGUUGUAACAUGGAGUGCCAUGAUUAACGGAUAUGUUUUGAAUGGUGAUGUCAGAAAAGCUUUGGAUAAUUGUCGGCUAAUGCAGUUUGAUGGGGUGAAACCAAAUCCAGUGACUCUAUCUUCUCUCCUUUCAGCAUGCGGUAGCUCCUUUCUGCUCAAGCUUGGAAAGUGCUUGCAUGGCUGGUCGGUGAGACAAAAGCUCGAAUCUGAUGUACUGAUAGAGACAGCACUAAUUGACAUGUAUGCAAAAUGCAAGCGUGUGGAUGUCAGCUUUCAUGUUCUCGCAAGAGCUUUACAGAAGAGGACCGCACCAUGGAACGCAAUCCUGUCGGGAUGUGUCCACAAUGGCCUUGCUAAAGAAGCCAUACAAGCUUUUAAACAAAUGCUGAUAAAAGAAGUAGAACUGAACCUCGCAACUGUGAACAGUCUCCUUCCAGCAUAUGCCAUUCUAGCAGAUUUGCAGCAAGCAAUGAAUAUACAUGGCUAUGUAGCAAGAUCUGGCUUGGCAAUAAAUGUAGAAAUCAUCACAGGCCUUAUUGAUAUUUACGCAAAGUGUGGACGUCUAGAAUCUGCUCAUGAACUUUUUAAUGAUAUCCCUAGGAAUGAAAAGGACAUCGUAGCGUGGAGUGUAAUAAUAGCUGGUUACGGAAUGCAUGGGCAUGGUGAAGCUGCUGUUUCGCUUUUUAAGGAAAUGGUUCACUCGGGAGUUAAUCCCAAUGAAGUCACUUUUACCUCUGUUUUGCAUGCUUGUGGCCAUGCAGGUCUGGUGGAGGAAGGUUUGGAUUUGUUCAAUUUCAUGCUCCAUAAGAACCCAGUGAGGCCUCAUUUUGAUCACUACACAUGCAUGGUUGAUCUUUUAGGCCGGGCAGGUCGGCUGCAAGAGGCUUAUGGUUUAAUUAAAACAAUGCCAUUUAAGCCCAACCAUGCUGUUUGGGGUGCAUUGCUCGGUGCUUGCGUAAUCCAUGAGAACGUGGAAUUGGGUGUGAUCGCUGCAAAAUGGCUCUUUGAGCUUGAGCCUGAGAACACAGGCAACUAUGUACUGCUGGCAAAAAUUUAUUCAGCAUUGGGAAGGUGGAAAGAUGCAGAGGACAUUAGACAUAUGAUGAAGAAAAUAGGAUUGAGAAAAGCACCAGCUCACAGUUUAGUAUAAGCUAUGCAGGUGUAGAUACUGGAAUUCUUGUUAUUGCGUAUAAGAGCCUGUACGCUACCUGUGCCAUAGAAUCCCCCUGAGUUGCAAUUUGCGAACUGUUGCUGGAGCUGAUUUACCAAGCGAAUUGCAAGAGGUUUGUUCAUUGGAAACUGGAUCGUUUACCAUCUUCUGUGUGUAGGAAUUAUAAGAGUGGAAAUUUGCAAAGAAAAAUUCUGAUCAAAAGCAAUUAACUGGUUGAAAUGACUUGAGGACUUUGUGCUCUCUGUUCUCUGAGCAGGGGCCACCUAUCAAUGGAUGAAUUGGUUUCCAGAAUAUCCAAACAGUUUGGGCAUUUGCUUCUACUCGCACCUGCAAUGAUGCUUUCUCAGGUCGGUGAUGAUAUUCGUGUUUGCGCUAUUUGUUGUCAUGGAAAGAAUUGCAUCAGUUGGAUUGUGCUUUCAUCACGGCCACAGAGGGUAGAGAUCAUGAGCAUGGCAACUUGGGAACAACAGAUUGUCCCCCUUUGGUGAAGUGAAUUCAACUUGGGAACAACAUACAGCAAAUUGGUGAUCGUUUUCGUAGUUAUGGUACAGCCACUUUAUUGAACGUCUGAAGUUAUUACACAUCUGUCCUAUUUUCUCCAUCGAUUAUGCAUGCUGGUUGCCUGGAUCUACUUAAUUUCGGCUUACUGACUGCUUGGACUUGAUUCAGUAGUUAUUGGAAUACAACUACAUGAGUAUGAAAAGCUACUUGAGCGGCUUGCAGGUUUAUCUGACCUGGAAAUCGGGCCGACUCCAUUUUACAUCGGCUUAUUUUCUUCGAAGAUCGAGUUCGAUACAGAAAUUCUGACCGGGAUACCAUGUCUCUGGUUUUUUAGUUGGGCAAGAUUUGAGUUCCUUUAGCCAAUGGCUUAAAAUGCCCGCAAAGGAUUCUCCCAUAUGGUCACAAAGAAAAAGCUAAUCGCAGGGGGCAAGUCUUAGUGCUUAUCCAAGACAAGAAUAUGCUGCAUUCAUUUGUGGAUCCGUCCUGUUUAAUCAGGAGAUACUAGGACUAGUGAGCUAAAUUGGUGUGUAAAGUGAUGUUGGCAGGUUCAUCCACUAAUUUAAAUAACAAUUUACAGCUGGUCUUGUUAUUCUGUA